AUGUCUUCAACAAUACAUAAGGACGUGUCAAAACAAACUUGUUUUGAAGAUUUACCCGAUGAAAUUUUAUUAUUCAUGUGUCGUUAUUUAUCUCAAGUGAAUAUUCUUGAUAGUUUAUUAAAUUUAAAUAAUCGUAUAAAUAAAACUAUUAGUUCAUAUCGUGAAAAAAUUUUCUUGUCUCAUUUAUCUUAUAAAGAUUUUUAUCAUUUAAUUAAUAAGCAUUUACCAUAUUUAUCAGCAAAUGUUUAUUAUUUAUACAUAAAUAAUUGUUCAAUGUUAAAUGCCGGAAAAGUUUUUGAAGAAAAAUUUAAUAAAAUUGAUCAACAAUUUCCAUUACUUCGUGAACUUAUAUUUCAUCAAAUUGAUAUUGAAACAUUGGAAAAUUUAUCUUGGCGUUUUAAUACAAUGUAUUUUUUACGUCAAUUAAUUAUUGAUAUUGCCGAAGAUCGUUUAUCAUCAAUGCCUGUACAAUUUGAUGAAUUUAUUUGUGGAAAAUUAUUUUCUCCAUCAAAUUCAUUUCAAAAUUUAAAAUUAAAUUUAAACAGAUAUGAAUUUAAUCUUCGUUCUGUAACAUAUAAAUGUAAGAAUAUUCGACAAUUAACUUUAUCGGUAAAAUGUCUUAAUGAUUUAUUAGUUGUAUUUAAUCAUUUUCCAAAUAUUGAAAAAUUAAAUAUAACUAUUGGUUGUUCUUCACUAUACGAUAUAAAUAAUGAUAUAUAUCCUUAUGAACAUCUUUGGUGGAAAGUACCUUGUUUAACUCAUUUUAAUCUAACAAUUAAAGGAAAAGAUUUAACAUCAAAUGAUAAUGUUAUAUCACAUAAUAUAAUUAUGAAAAUAAUUGAAAAUCUUUAUUCAUUAAUACAUUUUAAAUUUAUAUUAGAUAUUGGAUUUCAUUCUACACUUCAAUUAUUAACAACAAAAGAUAUAUAUAUCAAUAAAUAUUUUCCAUAUGCUAAUGGUUCAUUAUGGCAACAAGCAUUAGAACGAAAUGAUAAUCGAACUAUACAUUUUGAAUUAAAUAUUGAACUUGAUGGAAUUACAAGUGAUCGUUUUAAAAGAAAGGUGGAAUUUGAUGCAUAUACUGUAGAGAAGAAUGAAGAUAUUGAUUUCAAUUCUAUACUAAAAACAACGUUUUCCAGUGCAUAUUGGUUACAAAAGAACAUAACAAUUCAAUAUUUUUCUACGGCUUCGAAACAUGUAUCGAUUUAUAGUUUACCUAAUACGAGUUCUCAUUUAUCGACAUCAGUAGAUGUUAUCGAUCAUGAAUUUUCAAUGAAAUCUUCCCCGUCACAUCUAAAUAUUCAAAGUCUUAUUGUACAUUCCAGUACUGAUAAUUAUUCUCCAAAAUUAUCCAUAACAAAUCUUUUUACUAAAUUUCCAUCUUUAACUUAUCUUAAACUUGAUACAGUACUUCUUUUACCUCCAACAAUAAUCAUUUGUUCAAAUCAUUUACGUUCACUAUCACUUUGUAAUUAUUCACUACUUUCCUGUUGUCAAUUACUUGAUUAUUUACCACAAGUAAUAUCACUUUCAAUAAAAAAUUCACUUUGUAAAACAUUAACUAUUGAGAAUUGUCCAAAAUCUAUUCUAUCAAUUACUCGAUUAAAAAUAACAAUUGAUUCAAUUCAGAUAAAAAAUUUAUCCAAUAUAACUCAAUAUUUUCCAAAUGUUAAUGAAUUUUAUUUAUUAAUAAAAAAUACAUCAAAUCGAGCAACUGAUGAUUUCCGUCAAUGUGAAAAAUUUGAAUUUUUUUCACAAGGAUUUAUUCAUCUUCGUUAUUUUGAAAUUACUUUACCAAUAAAACAAGAUUGUUUUUCAAUUCCUACUUGGAUGCAUACAUUAAAUACAAAUCAACGAAUAUGUGUGAAAACUAAAGAUGGUAAUUCAUUAAUAUUAAAAGCAUGGUUAUAA